AUGACAAGCACCACCAAGCGGCAGCCACACGCGGAGCUGGUUGAGACGACGCGCACGUUCGUCCUGGACUGUGACGGCGUGAUCUGGCGCGGAAACCAGCUUAUUGAAGGCAUUGCGGAGGUGCUUGAUUACUUGCGAGCUGCAGGAAAACGGCUCGUGUUCUUGACAAACAACAGCACCAAGACAAGGCAGCAGCAAGUGGACAAGUUCCACCGCCUCGGGCUGACUUGGGUGCAGCGGGAGGAUGUGCUGACUUCUGCGUACGCGGCAGCGCUCUUGCUGAAGCGCAAGCUCAAGCUGCCAACGGACAAGAAGGUCUAUGUCGUGGGGCACGAGGGCAUCGUUGACGAGAUGACACAGCUCGGAUACACGUGCGUUGGCGCAGAUGAGCACGCCUGUCGCACACCCGACCUCAAGCAAGGCCUCAGCGUGGACCCGGACAUUGGCGCCGUUGUGUGCGGGUUCGACCUCCACUUCAACUACUGGAAGAUGGUGUAUGCGACGCAGUGCGUCCUCACGCUGCCCGGCUGCGAGUUUGUUGCCACCAACUGCGAUGCCCUCAGCCACGUCGUGUCGGAUGCGGAGUGGCCUGGCGGCGGCACCAUGGUUGCAGCGCUGCAGCAUGCCCUUGGCAGAGCACCCAUCGUGGCGGGGAAGCCCAGCGAGUUUCUGGUCGAGCUGCUGGUGGAGACGUGCGGUGAGGGCGCGGGCCCCGAGCACAUGUGCAUGGUCGGCGAUCGCCUCGAUACGGACAUUGCAUUUGGGCACCAGGGCGGCAUGCGUACGCUGCUUGUGUAUACAGGCGUGACUGCAAAAGGCCGCCUCGAAACCGAGCUGCAACGGCUCAACGUCAAACCCCCACACCACACAGCAGACUCCCUCGCCAACCUCCUGCUUGCAUAG